AUGAACCCCGAUGCGAGUUUGAUUACUGCGCUCGUAGAGCGGUGGCGACCCGAGACGUCGACCUUCCAUCUACCAUGUGGUGAGAUCACGAUCACGUUAGAGGACGUUGUUACACUGUCCGGUUUGGCGAUCGACGGUGAUGCCGUCGUAGUUGAUAUACCGGAUGAGGAGUGGUCGGCGAUUUGUUUGAGACUGUUAGGACGGGUUCCUUAUGAUCUUGUAGGCGGGGUCGCUGUUGUUAGGAUUGUUUGGCUGAGGGUUGAAUUCAGCAAUCUGCCGGAAGAUGCAUCACAGGAGGUUAUAUAG